AUGACUCAACAUCGUCGAAUAAAUAUGGCGACGAUAAACGAUGAAAAUUGCCCCUGUUGUGGUAAGCGUCAUUUUCUUUAUAAGUGUUUCAAAUUUCUUGCGAUGCCCUCUGCCUCGAAGCUUGAAUUUAUCAACUCCAAGAAAGUAUGUCGAAAUUGUUUAAAUGUUGGUCAUUUCUCGAGAGACUGUAAAAGUACAAGUCGUUGUAAAUCCUGCCACCUCGCUCAUCAUACGAUUGUACACAACGAUUAUACCUCUCGCAAUACCUCAAGUUUCUCCGAUGUUUCUCAUAGCAGGAACGAUAAUGCAGCUUCUACUUCCGCCGUUGAGAAUUCUAAUGUCAACUUGUCUCUAUUGAAUACCACAGUCAUGCCUCAUGUUCUGUUAGCAACCAUUCGUGUAUUAGUGAAAAGCGAAUUUGGAAACUUCAAAUUAAGGGCCAUUUUGGAUCAAGGAGCCCAAGCAUCUUUGAUAACGGAAAGUGCUUCCCAACUUUUGCGGCUUCAAAAAUACAACACUUUAGCUCAGAUCACAGGUGUAGGUGGAAAAACAGUAAUGGUUAAAAAAUAUGUUAAGUUUGCUCUUGCCUCUCACUACGAAUCAGGUCAAGCAUAUGUCAUGCCUUCCCUAAAUAAUUAUUGUGCUGGUCCUGUGGACAGACAUAAAUUGCCGUCUUUAACAGAAUUUUCUCUAGCUGACCCUGAAUUUGAUAAAAAUGAUCCCAUAGAUUUACUUAUUGGUGGUGAUUUAUACGGAGACAUACUACUACCGCAACAAAAGAAAUUCGAAAAAGGCAUUUUUCUUCAACUUACCCAUUUUGGAUGGAUUGUUUCUGGCCCUACCGCUGAAAUCUCUUAUGCGCAUUCCGUCAAUGUUAAUUUAUGUUCCAUAGACACCCAACUUAAGGCAUUUUGGGAACAAGAAGAGCUCAUAGAAACAAGAAAAAUGACCCACGAAGAAAAAGCAUGUGAAGAGUUCUUUAAGAAAACUUGUUCUCGUGGCUCUGAUGGAAGAUAUACCGUCGCAUUGCCAUUCAUUUCUCAAAUACUUGGCAAAUCUUCCCCUGUAUUUAGUCAUAGUGACUUCAGCGCUUUAAAACGUUUAAAACAAGUGGAGAGUAAAUUCGUUAAAAACCCCAAAUUUGCCUCAGAAUAUAGGAAUUUUAUGGAUGAAUAUGAAUCGCUAGGACAUAUGGUCAAUAUUGGUCCCUAUCCUCAAUCCAUUCAUCCUUACGGAUAUUUUCUGCCCCAUCAUGGCGUUAUUCGGGAAUCAAGUUCCACGACAAAAUUACGUGUGGUUUUUGAUGGUAGCAGCAAAAUCCCUCUUUCUCCUUCUUUAAAUGAGGAACUGUUCCCCGGACCUGCUUUACAAAAUGACUUGCCGACAAUCAUCAAUCGCUGGCGUCGAUUCAAAAUUGGUUUCAGGUCAGAUUUAGAAAAAAUGUUCCGUCAGAUAAGAGUCAUAGAAAACCAUCAACAUUACCAGCAAAUUUUGUGGCGAAAUUCCGAUUCUAACAUUCACGUAUAUAAACUGCAAACCGUCACCUAUGGUACCUCCUCGGCUCCGUAUCUCUCAAUAAGAGUUCUUCAUCAAUUGGCUCAAGAUGAAAACAAAACUUUCCCAGAAGCUUGUAAGAUUUUAAAAUCUGAUACUUAUGUCGACGAUAUUAUUUCUGGAGCUGACUCUGAGUCCGAAGCAAUAUUUUUGCAAAAACAGUUGGUCCAACUACUCUCUGCAGGAGGAUUCAAUUUACGUAAGUGGACUUCUAACUCUCCAGAGCUUAUGUCCCACAUACCAGAAGACUUCCGUGAAAAGUCAAAUGUUUUUGAUUUAAAUGGACCAAACUUGGUAAAGGCCUUGGGCUUAUGUUGGAAUACUGACAAAGAUACGUUUUCAUUUGAGGUUAAUUUUCCCAUAAAACCUGACGUCACAAAAGCUAGUCUUCUCUCUGAUGCCGCCAAAUUAUAUGACCCUUUGGGAUGGCUAGCACCUGUCACGAUACAAGCGAAAAUUUAUUUCCAAAAGUUAUGGCUCGAAGGCAUCGAUUGGAAAGAUGAUGUUUCUGAUACAAUGAAAUUUAAUUGGCACUCUUACUUAAAACGAUUAAAAGGCAUCGAAAAUAUUGCCAUUCCACGCUGGUUAGGCAGUUUUAAAGAAUGUCCAGUCGAGCUGCACGGAUUUUGCGAUGCAUCUACUUCUGCUUUCGCAGCCGCGGUUUAUAUCAAAAUUUUGAAUGAUAAUGGAGAAGGUGUAGUAAACUUACUACAAUCAAAAACAAAAGUUGCCCCCCUAAAGGUUUUGUCUAUCCCGAAGUUAGAACUAUGUGGAGCAACGCUUUUAACAAAACUCAUGCAUAAAGUACACGAUAUGCUGGAUCUCAACAUUACUAAUGUUUAUUACUGGACUGAUAGUAUUACCGUUUUGUGCUGGCUCAGAGGAGAGUCGUCCAGAUGGAACGUUUUCGUUGGAAAUCGAGUCGGUGAAGUCCAACGACAUUCUAACAUAUCUCAAUGGCGCUAUAUUUCAACUCAUGACAACCCUGCUGACUGUGCUUCCCGUGGUAUUACGUCUACUGAGUUAGUUCAACAUCCUCUUUGGUGGUCUGGUCCUCUUUGGCUCUCUCAUCCUCAAAAUCUCUGGCCCAAACAACCAGACAACUCUUAUGACACUAAUCUGGAAAAGCGGAAAUCACUUAACGUUCAUUCUUCUACUGUGUCUAAAUAUCCGGAUUUAUUAACUGAUUACUCUUCUCUUACUAAGUUAACUCGAGUCAUGGCUUAUAUUUUGAGAUUUCUUCAAUACAAACCUGGUUCUAAAAUCCGACAUAAAGGCUUUCUUCGAGCGACGGAAUUGAAUAAGGCGCUACAAAAACUUGUUAUUUUGUCUCAAGACGUCGAUUUCCCCGAGGAACUACAAAUAUUAAAGAAAGGAGGAAGCAUUUAUCCAAGAAGCAAAAUUGCCCAAUUGUGUCCCUUUAUUGACGACGAUGGCGUACUACGUGUUGGAGGCAGAUUGCAAAAAGCUAAGUUUCACUAUGACUUUAAAUAUCCUAUGUUAUUGUCCAAACACAGUCCUUUAUCUCUCUUAAUAUUUACAGAUGCUCAUAAGAAGACACUUCAUGGAGGUCUCAUCCAGAUGCAAGCCUAUGUCACUAGAAGGUUUUGGAUAUUAUCUGCCCGAAAUCUUGCUAAAAAUGUCCAACGCCAAUGUAUUACGUGCUUUAAGUACAAGGCCAAAUCCCUGCAGCAAAUAAUGGGCAAUCUUCCGUCUGUGCGAUUGCAACCCACAAGACCUUUUAAACAUAGUGGUGUGGAUUACGCUGGCCCAAUAACCAUUAAGCAAUCAACGGCCAGGAAUUCUGUCACGACAAAAGGAUACAUCUGUCUCUUCAUAUGUAUGGUCACGAAAGCUCUUCACCUUGAAGCCGUAACAAGUCUUUCUACUGAUGCUUUCAUUGCUGCCUUCAGAAGGUUCACCUCACGACGAGGGAUGUGUUCAGACCUUUACUCCGAUUGUGGCACGAAUUUCAUUGGCUCUAAUAAGGAACUUAAGAUUCUACAAAGAAGAAAUACAGAAUCGCUACCGGAAGAUUUGGCAAACCUACUAGCUGACAAUGGCACAAAUUGGCACUUUAUUCCACCGGCUUCCCCAAAUUUUGGAGGACUUUGGGAAGCUGGCGUCAAAUCCACAAAACAUCAUUUAAAACGCAUCAUGGAGCAUCGCAUUCUUACUUACGAAGAAUUAGCAACUCUGUUGGCUCAAAUUGAAGGAUGUCUCAAUUCAAGACCGCUAUGUCCUAUUUCGCCUGACCCUUCAGAUUUCGAAGCUCUAACUCCAUCUCAUUUUCUCGUUGGAGAACCGAUUUUAUGUGUCCCAGAAGAAAAUCUGUUAAAUUUCUCCAUUGAUAGACUUUCCCGGUGGAAAGUUGUCCAACUCCUUAAACAACAAUUCUGGAAACGCUGGUCCUCAGAAUAUGUAAACCGUUUGCAGUCUCGCCCUAAAUGGCUCAAACCUCAAAAGAAUCUUGAAGUCGAUGAUCUUGUCAUUAUUUUCGAUGAAAGAUUGCCUCCAGGCCAGUGGCCGCUUGCCCGAAUUAUCGAUGUUCAUCCUGGUACUGAUGGAAAAGUAAGAGUUGUCUCAUUAAAGUCGAAUGGAAACAUCUACAAACGUCCUGUCUCCAAAGUCGCACUACUUCCUCUUCAAGACUAUUUCAAUCCCCCACAAGGCCAACAUAAGAGUUGCUGUGAGCAGAGGCAUAGCAUGGUAAUCUCUAAAACCAAAUAA